AUGACCACCACCAUGCACCUCUGGCCUGUCUGGUUCUGGUCGGCCCAGUUCGGCGGCGGGAGCCAGCGGGCCUACGAGGUGCGCCGGUGCCUGCUGCGCGACCACUCCAAUACGCUGCAGGUGCAGCUCGACUCGAAGUGCACCCGGCGUCUGCGAGGAGGAGCCGAGCUGACGAUGAAGCUGCACGAGUGGCUGCUGCUGUUGCUGGCCUACGUGCUGUUCCUGCUGGUCGGCGCGGCGUCGUUCUACUUCCUGGAGAGAGAGCAGGAGAAGGACCAGGUGCAGCGCGUGCUUCAGCUCAGGAAGGACAUCCAGGAGGAGCUGAUAGAGGGGGAGAACCGAAGCACGAUGACCCGUCGGGCGGAGCUGCUCGACAGGAUAUCUGGAGAGUGCCGCGUGGACAUCACGAACACCAGCCGACCGCCGGCCACCGUCUGGACCGAGUACAACAGCUUCUUCUUCUGCUUCACCGUCGUCACCACCAUAGGGUACGGCCACAUAGCACCAUCGACUAUGCUUGGACGGAUCGCGUGCAUUUUCUACGCUCUUAUUGGGAUUCCGCUCAAUGGAAUUCUACUAAAGAACAUCUCCGAUCUCUUCAGUAAUAAGGUAAUCCGGGCGCACCAGCGGAUUAAGGAGCGUCGGUACCAGACCAAGCUGGAGGUGUUUGUCGACACGCUAUUCUACCUGUCGCCGGCUGUGCUGCUGUUCUUCCUCGUUCCGGCCGGUAUUUUCAUCAUGCUGGAGGAAUGGAACUUCUUCCAGGCCAUCUACUACACGUUCAUCACUCUCACCACCAUCGGAUUCGGCGAUCUCGUAGCAGGCAAGGUCAAUGACGCGGAAGACGCGUCGGCCUGGAUCUGGAUCUACAAGAUCGGACUGGUGGUGUGGAUCAUCUUCGGCCUCGGCUACCUGCUGAUGAUCCUCGAUUUCAUUUCACGAGCGCUGUACUCGAAGAAAAUCCUGCUGCGUUCCAGGAGACUGAUGACUCUUGAGAAGAAGGUCAUCCGGGGCAUCACGAAAACCAAGGAGAAGUUCCAGCGGAACAUAUCGAAGGAAGUCCUGCAGAUUAAAAAUAUUCUCAACGAGCUGGCAUUCAACAGGAGAGAGGUCGCUAAACCGCCUGCCGCUGUGCGCAGUCUGGUCCGCACGCAGAGCUUUCCGAAUCUGGUGUCGGUGGGCGGCGGCGGCGGCGGCGGCGGCGGCGGCGAUGACGCCGCGCAGCUGCUGUCGGUCGACUCGGCGCUCGAGGUGCUGCUGCAAGCCACCGUCACGCUCGAGUGGGACACGGACAGCACGGACAGCAGGGCUCGGCGCUAG